GUCAUUUAGAAAUUCGAUCGAUCCCCAUGAGCCACCUGGACCAACUCAAGCAACUGACGACCGUCGUCGCCGACACGGGCGACUUCGCCUCCAUUGCCAAGUACCAACCGGAAGAUGCCACGACGAACCCGUCGCUUCUCUUCAAGGCCGCGCAAAUGCCCCAGUAUGCCGAAUUGGUCCAUGGUGCCGUUGCUUACGGUAAGGAAUUGACCGGCGUGACGGAGGAAGAACGUUUGGGGCACAUCAUCGAUCAAUUGAGCGUGAACUUUGGUCGCAAGAUCUUGGAAAUCGUGCCUGGUUACGUAUCCACGGAAGUCGACGCGCGCUUGAGCUUUGACACGGAAGGCACGAUCGAACGCGCCCAUCGCAUCAUUGGCAUGUACAAGGCGGCGGGCAUCGGCAAGGAGCGCAUCUUGAUCAAAAUCGCGUCUACUUGGGAAGGUAUCCAAGCGUGCAAGAAGCUCCAGGAAGAAGGUAUCCAAUGCAACAUGACGUUGUUGUUCGGAUUUCCUCAAGCCGUCGCUUGCGCGGAAGCCCAUGCGACCUUGAUCUCUCCCUUUGUCGGCCGCAUCAUGGACUGGUACAAAGCCAAGACGGGCAAGACGUACACCGCCGUGGAAGACCCUGGUGUCCAAUCUGUCACGCGCAUCUACAACCACUACAAGAAGCACGGGUACAAGACUAUCGUGAUGGGCGCUAGCUUCCGCAACACUGGCGAAGUCUUGGAAUUGGCCGGCUGCGACCGCUUGACCAUCUCCCCCAACCUCUUGGAAGAGUUGGCGAACGCAACCGGACCCGUCGUCAAGCGCCUCGACGUUGAAAGUGCCGCUCACAACUACAACCACCCCAAGGUGACUUUCACCGAGAAGGAAUACCGCUUCGCCAUGAACGAAGAUGCUAUGGCGACCGAAAAGUUGUCGGAAGGUAUCCGUGGCUUCGUCGCCGACAUCAUCAAGUUGGAAGAGAUCUUGAAGGCCAAGCUGCAAUAACUAGCUGCACGGACGUGGGUGGCGCGCACGUGCACGACGCUCCACUGAGAUAAUGAAUAUUUUGCCUAUAAGGAAAGCUGGGUCUUGCCAGAGGAAUCGCCG